UGUGUGGUGGAUGUGACUGAGAACGCGCGCAUAUUCCGAGAGCUUUUAAGAGCGGUGCAGUACUUGCACAGUCUGGACACAAUCCACAGAGACUUAAAGCCUGGCAAUAUUUUUUUAGAUGGCGAGGCUCGUACAGUUAAAGUUGGCGAUCUCGGACUCGUGACGAAAUGUGUGGACGCAGAGUCCCAACGUAAGUUUUAG